AUGAGCGCGUCUAGAUUCAUAAAGUGCGUCACUGUGGGGGAUGGUGCUGUUGGCAAAACCUGUAUGCUAAUAUCCUACACCAGUAACACCUUUCCAACGGUGGGUUUUCCACUCUCCUUCGCCCUUUUUUGUUUUCGUUUGUCCUCUCUCUCGAUCAAUUGCUUUUUACAUUCCUGAUUUUCUCUUUUGUGAAUUCAAUCCUUCUAUUUUCGGUUCCGAUGGAGGGGACUGGAUCCACGAUUCCCCUUCUCUUAGAUUUUUCAUAUAAAUUGUUGCACUUGAGAUAAAAUCACUUAUUUUGUCGCGUGGUAAGAUUUAGUAAGGUUGAGGUUAUGCUGCUGUGAGGACACAUUGUUAGGGGACUGAAGCUUUGCUUUAGUCGACCAAAUCCAAGGUUAGGAUGUUCAAUUAGAGCUUUUUAGAUUAUUAGCGCUUAGGUUUUCGGAUCAGUGAUUCCACCAAUAUCAAACAAUAUUCUUCCCAUGAUGCGCCUUUCACUUUUCACCUCUUCCCUUCAUUCCACAAACAGAAAAAAUGGAGGAAAAUGUGAAGCUGGUCAUUAUAAUUCCUUUUGUUGAAAACGGAGAGAAUUACAGGUGAUUUAGAUAGAUACGUGAUUCAUUCCUUCUUUUUGUAAAAUAUCUAGCAUGCUUAAACUCUUGACAUUGUUACUGUAGAGCUGUUAUAAAGUGAAAUAUUCAUUUUAACCGAUCGCCUGUUAUAAUCGACGUGUUUACUAUCUAACUCUGAAUGCUUGUGUAUUCUGUCCAUUUCCGUAUCUUCAUUAACAUUUUGGAUCACUAGCAGUGUCCUGGUGUAUAAUAUGGAUUUCAAUUUUAUUUUUUUUCAUAAGUAGUCAUAUUUAUUGUCUUGAAGAGCAGGAUUACGUACCAACAGUUUUUGACAACUUCAGUGCAAAUGUGGUGGUGGAUGGUAGCACUGUUAACCUAGGCUUGUGGGAUACAGCAGGUAGAGUUCUGUUGCAGCUAUUGUUUGCGUAUACAAAUUAUAGAUAACAACAUUUUAAAAUGAUUGAUAAUCUCAUACGUUGGUAUUAUCCUUUCUUAUGAAUUGACCAGGCCAGGAAGAUUACAAUAGGCUAAGACCUUUAAGCUAUCGUGGUGCGGAUGUCUUUCUGCUUGCAUUCUCUCUUAUUAGUAAGGCCAGCUAUGAAAAUGUCACAAAGAAGGUGAGAGCCAUAUAUUCUAUUUGAACCUUUGUUCCGUGCUACAUAAUGUUGCUUCUAACCAUGGUGAAUACGUCGCUUAUUUUUCCUUUUCCAGUGGAUUCCAGAACUGAGGCAUUAUGCACCUGGUGUUCCAAUAAUUCUUGUUGGGACAAAACUCGGUACUUACAUUCCUUUGAUAUAUUUUCUCAGAAAAUUCCUUGACUUUAUUUUUCUAUCUGCCGAACAAUAUAAUUGUUUCUGUCUAUGACAUCAAUUUGUGUGAUCUUUGUAUAUCCAUUCAUUUAACUUGCCGUAAUGGAGAGUCCGCGCAAGAGAGCAUGCUGGUGUAAUAGGUUCAGUGCCUGUUAAAUGUAAAAUAGUUUCAGUUGUGAUUCAUGACUCUGAGUUUCCAGCUAUCUCUAUCGAUUUUACUUACUACAACACUAGUUGUUUUGCUGCAAUUUAAGAUAAUGAAAAAUUUUCAUUUCUAGAAAUGAACUGGAUAAUUUGAAUAUCAAUAAUACAAUAAAAAGUUUAGAUGUUGUAUUUUUGUAUGAUUCUAUAUAAGCAUUUUUUUAUUGCAAGAACCGGUAUUAUCUUUGAUAAUAUGCGUUUCCAUGUGUGCGGCAAUGAAUGAGGCAUCACAGAUUGCAUCUGAUUUUUCGGCCUUUCAACUAUCUGGACGAGAUUACUGAUGAAUAUUAUUAAAAUACUGGAACUGGGUCUUUUUGGAAAAUAAUAGAUAGUUGACUAAUUCAGUUGAUUAGUUUAUUUAGGGUGCUUUUCUGAAAUGUGUCAUUUAAAUUUUGUUUUAAGUACUCAUGAAAUAAUCCUUUGAAAGUUCUAUUGAAUGACGAAGAAAUUUUUUCGGGGUUUUAUUAUCUUUCUUAUCGUGCACUUCAUUCAAUUUCCUCCAAAGAAAUCGAAGGCUAUUACGUAUUCCAGUGAAGUGGUCGAUGUAACUGUUUUAUACGUCCUUUCUGGUCAUGUCCUGUGGGUGCUCCAAUUUCUCACCCUCUUACGGGCUCAGUUAAUCUUAACGUCUUCUUAUUUUUUCGUUCUGUGCUUGACUGGUAUGCUCACAUCUGUCCUCUUCAAAGUGAUAGCUUCCCACCUUUUCGUAUUAAUGCUUCGGUUCAUGUAGAUUUUUCAUUCUUUAAACCAUAGUUUUAGCGACUAGACCUUCGUUUAAUUUUAUGUCUAUCAUGCAGAGUUUUUGAUCUUCUGCAUGUUUAGCUAUAAUGUCCUGAUUUGCAAUCGUUUCUUUUAGGAACAAAUACUAAUACCUGGACUAAAUUUAUUUUUCACUGAUAUUAGAGUGCUUGGUGUUAGCAAUGCUUUUCGAUAUCAUCGAGUUGGAGCGUUUCAUCCCUCAUGUUCUUGAAGUAGGCAGAUGAAGUAUUUUCUGGACUCUCACUUCAAUAGUAUUUCGUGUUUUGCUUUCCCCAUUUAGGUUUUUCUGGUACUUGUUUCAAAAUAUGCCUUCUGAGGUUCCUAGUCAUUAUUAAGGCCUCUCGAAGGGGUCAAGCACCCAGGCAAUUUUCACUGCAUAUGAUUUAUUUUUCUAAAAAAUAAUGUAGUUAUGUUUGGAUUUACGUUCUUGUCAUCUUCUUUUUUUUUCAUUCACGAAUUAGUUUCAAAAUUUUAAUUUUUUCCUCUUCAUUACGCAAUGCAUUAAAAUAUCAUCAUAAAGGAUGGCAACUCGCUGACACGUUUGUCUGGAGAAAAAUAGGGCUAUUUGUUGUGAAGGUCUCGGAAUUAUCCUAAAUUAGCAAAAUAUUACAUAUUUUCUGGAUUUAAGAAUAGGCGCCCAAAAACCUUGGGUAUUGGAAAAUAAGCGCUUGAUUUGAUAGACCAAUUAUUUAUUUAAAGUUUUCCUGGUGGCUAUUAUUAGAUGGCAUUAUAUUUUUUUCACCAAAAAAAAAAACUGCAUGCCUUUUAAGAGAUCAUAAUUACGUUAAUAAGGUUUCAAUUUACUAAAAAUCGAGUCAGGCUUGAACAGGUUCCCAAGGGGAGUUGAGCUUGCCCAUCUUCCCGACUUGGGCAAGAUUUUUUAAAUCAAACCCUUGAUUUAUUGCUUCAUAUGCCAACCACGCAGCUGGUUGUCAUGGAUAUGUAUAGUAAUUUUCUUUUACAUUCAUCAUUCCUGCCUGCCCUUUCUUUCCGAGAAAUCCGUUACAAGUUGUUCCACCAAUGAUAUUCCCCAAAGAGAUGGCACUUCUUAGUUGACUCUCUUUUCCUCCGGAAGCUUUUAGGUGUUAGAUUCCUGUGAUGCCGGGUUUUCUACUUCUCGUCUCCAUCAAGGUUGACUCCAUACCUGCUAUGUUUUGCAUUCAUCUGUUGUUCUUGACGACGACUCUGGCGAAGAACAGCUCCCCAUGCUGCCCCCCAUACUACCUGUCUUUGCGGUCUGAGAACAAUCAUUUCAUAUUCAGAUCUUCAUCCGUUUUGGUUCCCAACUAUUCUGGUGAAGUGAAAUCGGACUACUUGUUCUAUAAAUUGCGUACCUUCUUCCAUUGGUUUCCUUUUCAAUGGAGGGUUUUUUUCAUAAUUUUUCCUUCUGGGGCAAUCUGGUGUUCAUAUCUCCAUCUGUUUGAAGAUUAAGAUCACUCGAAAUCAGAUUAGAUCCCAUAGAUAGAAGUUUAGGUCGAGAAAUCAUCAGAACACCCUGUGGGUUGCUGCUGAUGAACAGAACGAUGUGGGCUCAUGUGACUGACUGAAAGCAAUAGAAUCUACCCAGAUAAUGGUCUAUCCGACGGAUCUUUUGUGAUUUUUGCUGCAGAUCUUCGGGAAGAUGAGCAGUUUUUCAUAGACCACCCUGGUGCUGUGCCCAUUUCAACGGCUCAGGUGGGCGCGCCGCCAUCUCUAAAGCUUUAUUGAUCUUCUUCUGUGAUGUUCCGGUGAGGAUUGUGGGGGCGUUGACUUUUUCUAUCUUGGUCUUCAGGGGGAGGAGCUGAAGAGGCUGAUAGGAGCCCCCGCCUACAUCGAGUGCAGUUCCAAGACGCAGCAGGUAUCUAUCUCCCUUCUCCUCUUCCCUCCUCGGCUUUCCUGACCUCGGACAUGGCGGCUCUGUUUUCUGAGUUUUCCUUGGAAUCCGCGGUGAUCCUCAGAAUGUGAAGGCCGUCUUCGAUGCCGCCAUCAAGGUGGUGCUCCAGCCGCCCAAGCAGAAGAAGAAGAAGAAGAAGAGCAAGUCCCAGAAGGGCUGCUCCAUAUUGUGA